AUGAAAGCUAUCUUUAUUCAUAUCUAUCUAUCUAUCAAUCUAUCUAUCUAUCUAUUUUCAUUUUUUAUAUUUUCUAUUUUAGUAUUUUUUAUUCAUCUAUCUAUCUAUCUAUCUAUGAAACUAUCUAUCUAUCUAUCAUAUCUAUCUAUCUUCAUCUAUCUAUUAUAUCUCUUUCAUACCUAUUUUACUAUCUUUAUUCAUAUCUAUCUAUCUAUCAAUCUAUCUAUCUAUCUAUCUCUUUUCAUACCUAUUUUACUAUCUUUAUUCAUAUCUAUCUAUCUAUCAAUCUAUCUAUCUAUCUAUCUAUCUAUCUAUUUUACUAUCUAUCUAUCUAUCUAUUUUCAAUCUAUCUAUUUUAGUAUUUUCAUAUCUAUUUUAGUUUUUCAUAUGUUUUUUAUCUUUUAUUCAUAUCUAUCUAUCUAUCAAUCUAUCUAUCUAUCUAUCUAUUUUCAUACCUAUUUUACUAUCUUUUUUUCAUAUCUAUCUAUCUAUCAAUCUAUCUAUCUAUCUAUCUUUUUUUUACCUAUUUUAGUAUUUUCUAUCAGUUUAGCUAUCUAUGAAAGCUAUCUUUAUUCAUAUCUAUCUAUCUAUCUAUCUAUCUAUCUAUCUAUCUAUCUUUUUUUCAUACCUAUUUUAGUAUUUUCAUCUCAGUUUAGCUUUUAUGAAUCUAUAUCUUUAUUCAUAUCUAUCUAUCUAUCAAUCUAUCUAUCUAUCUAUCUUUAUUUUCAUACCUAUUUUACUAUCUUUAUUCAUAUAUCUAUCUAUCUAUCAAUCUAUCUAUCUAUCUAUCUAUUUUCAUCCUAUUUUACUAGCUAUCUAAGCUAUCUUUAUUCAUAUCUAUCUAUCUAUCAAUCUAUCUAUCUAUCUAUCUAUUUUCAUACCUAUUUUACUAUCUUUUAUUCAUAUCUAUCUAUCUAUCAAUCUAUCUAUCUAUCUAUUUUUUCAUACCUAUUUUACUAUUUUAUUCAUAUCUAUCUAUCUAUCUAUCUAUCUAUCUAUCUAUCUAUCUUUUUCAUCUAUUUUAUAUCAUAUUUCAUUUAUCUAAACAUUUUUUCAGUUUCUAUCUAUCUAUCUAUCUAUCUAUCUAUCUUUUUAACCUAUUUUUAUUUUCAUAUCUAUCUAUCUAUCUUUCAAUCUAUCUAUCUAUCUAUCUAUCUAUCUUUUUCAUACCUAUUUUACUAUCUUUUUCAUAUCAUAUCUAUCUAUCUAUCUAUCUAUCUAUCUAUCUUCAUUUUCAUACCUAUUUUUAGUAUUUUUCAUAUCAGUUUAUCUAUCUAUGAAAGCUAUCUUUUUAUUCAUAUCUAUCUAUCUUUAUCUAUCUAUCUAUCUAUCUAUCUAUCUAUCUAUUUUCAUACCUAUUUUUACUAUCUUUUCAUCAUAUCUAUCUAUCUAUCAAUCUAUCUAUCUAUCUAUCUUUUUCAUACCUAUUUUAGUAUUUUCAUAUCAUAUUUUUUAUUCAUCUAUCUAUCUAUCUAUCUAUCUAUCUAUCUAUCUUUUUUCAAGCUAUCUAUUAUCUCAUUUUAUUCAUAUCUAUCUAUCUAUCUAUCUAUCUAUCUAUCUAUCUUCAUCUAUUUUAGUUUUUCAUAUCUUUUAUUUUAUGAAAGCUAUCUAUCUAUACAUUUUUUCAAUCUAUCUAUCUAUCUAUCUAUUUUUAUAUUUUUAGUCUUUUUUCCAUAUCUAUCUAUCUAUCUAUCUUUAUUCUAUUUCUAUCUAUCUAUCUAUCUAUCUAUCUAUUUUCAUAUAUGUUUAGUUUUUUCAUAUCAUAGCUAUCUAUCUAAAGCUAUUUUUUAUUCAUAUCUAUCUAUCUAUCAAUCUAUCUAUCUAUCUAUUUUCAUACCUAUUUUAGUAUUUUCAUAUCAGUUUAGCUAUCUAUCUAAGCUAUCUUUAUUCAUAUCUAUCUAUCUAUCAUCUAUCUAUCUAUCUAUCUAUUUUCAUACCUAUUUUAGUAUUUUCAUAUCUAUCUAUCUAAAGCAUUUUUUAAUUCAUAUCUAUCUAUCUAUCUAUCUAUCUUUAUCUAUUUUCAUAUUUUAG